AUGCUGAGCGCGGACAGCCACCUUCGCUUCUUAUCCGCCUUCUUGCGGGUGGUCAACCGCGGCAAUAUGUGUCUUGAUCUUGACGCGUUUGCCCAGCUCGGCCGGAUCUGCUAUUUCCAAGGCCUGCAGAAUCUCAGUCUCCGCUCGAACCAGCUCACCAAACUGCCGUCCGAGAUUGGCAAUCUGCAGAUCUUGAGGGUCCUCAAGCUGGCGUACAACCGGCUUGACCCCCCUCUUGUUGCCACCUUCUUUGUCCCGAACAUGAUGAUGACGGCGGACAACCGCCAGUUCCAAUGGUUCUUGCAGUCCCGGGGCGUCUUUUACUUUGCCCUGCCCGCCAGGACGCUUGUCCCAGUCAACAAUAAGUUGACGUCACCGCUGCCCAGCUUGCUCGAAACCUGUAUCUGGAAGAUGUGCAUAAUCAAGGAUCUCAAGGGCAAAGAGGAGAGCCUGAUUGGGGACAACGACGGCCUCCAACACCCACUUCUCCAGGCCGCUCCGGAUCCGGCAGCGCUCCUGCCCGUACAGCUCCAGAAGAUCCUCGCAGACCCGGGCGCAUACUUCUAUUGCUACGACUUGUGCAUCUCCAGACUGGCCUUGAAGCCCGGCGCGCUUCCCCAGACCCGGCCCCAUCCAAGACACGCUUUCCAGUUCAUUGACCAACACGCCGGCCUUGUGCCCCUCAAUGAGUGA